CUUUCUGAGCUCUGCCAACUCUCAGAUUUCUGUGUUCUCUUCCUCACUCACUUGUCACUGUAGUAUCUCAUAUAAAUUAGAGCCUUCAAGCAAAACCACCCUUCAAAAUCAUACAUUAAUCGCAUUUUUCUCUUCACCUUUUCCUUCUUUCCACAAAAAUGGUUCCAUCUCAGUUAUCCAAGUAUGGUCUCCUCUUCAUUUCUUGCACCUUUUUCCUUAUCAACUUCUUAACCAUUCCCAUUUCUUCCCUCAACAUAGGAGUUGAAACCACCGGAAUCACUGUCUCUGUGAGCAAAGAGUGCAGCAGAACAUGUGAGUCAAGCUUCUGUUCAGUGCCUCCUUUAUUGAGAUAUGGCAAGUACUGUGGACUUCUGUAUAGUGGGUGCCCUGGGGAAAAACCUUGUGAUGGCCUUGAUGCUUGUUGUAUGUAUCAUGAUAAAUGUGUCCAAGCCAAAAACAACGACUACCUAAGCCAAGAGUGCAGCCAAACAUUCAUCAACUGCAUGCAAAAGUUUAAGAACUCAAGAGCUCCUACAUUCAAGGGAAACGCAUGUCAAGUGGAUGAUGUAAUUGAAGUUAUCAAUGUUGUCAUGGAAGCAGCUCUGCUGGCUGGAAGAGUCUUACACAAGCCCUAGCUAGCUAGCUACAAUUAAUAAUGGUUAUUACUUAUUACCUGCCUCUCAAAGCCUAUAUAUAUGAGGACCUAGCUAAGGUAGACUAGUUUUAGUUUUUGUACGUGUAUUGUUUAUUGUCCUUGGAUUUUUUUUUUUUAAUUAGUUUUGCAUUUUAAUUUCUAUCGUUUUGUUGUUAUUUAACGUUUAGUUUAAUCAAAUUAACUCCAGUGCACUUUUCAUACAUUC